CCGAUUUGAUAACCUUUAUCACUACCAAACCCAAGAAUGGUUCGUGCAUGGUACAUGGACGCCGACCCGUCCGACCAAAGAACCCCACACCUGAAAAACCCUCCUGAAUUUUUAACCCUCGAUGAAUUGUACAAAGUUUCAGGAGUGGAAUAUUUCAAGUUGAACAUCAAUUCCUACACCACUGAUGGCGUUUUGGACAAAAUUAAAAAAAACCGAGGUUACACAUAUGAGGAUGAAAUGACAUGUUCUAGAGAAUGUUUGGCGAAUUUCGACCAAAUGUUGAAGAAAUUCUUCCAAGAACAUUUGCACACUGAUGAGGAAAUUCGAUUUGUGUUGGAUGGUUCUGGUUUUUUUGAUGUUAGAGAUAAGAAUGAUAACUGGAUUAGGAUUGAGGUGGUUGCAGGAGACAUGAUUAUCAUCCCUAGUGGGAUUUACCAUCGCUUUACUUUGGAUACUAAAGAUUAUAUUAAAGCCAAGAGGUUUUUUAUUGGAGAGCCAGUUUGGUUGCCACACAAUCGGCCAGCAGAUGACAUGGAAUGCAGGAAGGAGUAUUUAAAAAAACUGCAAACUGGGGAAUUCAAAUCUGGUUAAUUUUACCAUAUUCUCUGUUAUUGUUACAUUUUGAAGCCAUAUUUUUAUACAAUUAAAGAAAAUUACAUUGAA